AUGGACAAAAUAACCUUAACUUUCCUUACAAUAAUAUUUUUCUUCGCUAAAGCUUCAAGCAAACCUCUACCCGCAUCGUCGAACGAUGCCGCGAGUCGUGCCGAUGGUAUUUGCCGAGCGAUGGUGGAAGUACAAAACUACCCUUGCCGAGAACAUGAAGUGAAAACUCGAGACGGGUUCAUCGUCAGCGUGCAAAAUAUUCCAUACGGUCGCUCCGGGAAAACGCCGGGGGAAAGACCGCCGGUUCUACUACAACAUGGACUUUCAAUGGAUGCGAUAACGUGGCUACUUAGCCCUCCUGACCAAUCGUUGGCUCUUCUCUUGGCCGAAAAUGGAUUCGACGUGUGGCUUGUGAGCACACGAGGCACGAAAUAUAGUCUCAGCCACACAUCUCUCACUCCUGACGAUGCGGCCUAUUGGGAUUGGUCGUGGGACGAGCUUGUCGAGUAUGAACUCCCCGCGAUGUUUCAGUAUGUUUAUGAGCAAACCGGGCAAAAGCUUCACUACGUUGGUCACUCCAUGGGAACUCUUAUCGCUCUUGCAGCCUUUUCGAAAGGGGAGUUAGUAAAUAUGUUGAGAUCGGCGGCUAUGCUUUGCCCAAUAGCAUAUGUUGGUCACGUGACUUCGCCUAUUGCGAGAACUGGCGCGGAAAUUCUCCUAGCUGAGAUUUCUCAGUGGUUGAAAAUUCCCGAAUUCAAUCCAAAAGGGGAAGAUGUUAUCAAACUCUUGCUCAAUAUUUGUAUGGAUAAGAGCGUCGACUGCAUUCACCUUUUAACAUCGCUUACGGGCCAAAAUUGCUGCCUGAAUUCUUCCAUCAUCAGCGUUUUUCUCCGGCACGAACCUCAGUCAACUUCGACAAAGAACAUGAUUCAUUUUGCCCAGAUGAUGAGAGAUGGUACAAUUAAGAUGUACGACUAUGAAGAUGAGAAGGAGAACCGGAAACGGUAUGGGCGACCAUCUCCUCCUUCGUACAACAUGUCGAAUAUACCAAAUAACAUUCCGCUUUUUUUGGCCCAUGGUGGCACCGAUGCACUGUCUGUGUCAGCGGAUGUUAAACUCUUGCUCGAUAGCCUUAAAGGUCACCGGAAAGACAAACUAGUAGUGGAGUAUCGCGAGGAUUACGGGCACGCCGACUAUGUAAUGGCUAUCAAUGCCCGGCAAUCCGUUUAUGAUCCCCUCAUCGCUUUCUUCAAACUUCAUUGA